CCGGGGAGCCGGGGAGCCGGGGAGCCGGGGAGCCGGGCGGCGGGCCGGCGCCGCGUCCGGGCGAGUCCGGGGCAGGAAGGCGGCCGCAGCGGAGGGCAGAGGGCAGAGGGCGGAGAGCGGCCUGGCCCGCGGAGAGCCCCGCCCGGACGCAGCCGGCCGCUGGGCGCGCACCCGGUCGGCCCGGAGUCCGGAGCGAGUCGCCGGCCGACGGCGGGGGGCGUGCCCCUCCCAGCCCCGCGCCGGCCGCUGCGCGGCGGGGCAUGUGAGCGGGAAGCCGGGCUGCGGCGCAGGGCGACGGCGGAGCAGCAGCGGCAGCGGCAGCGGCAGCGGCAGCGCGGAGCCCGGAGCCCCGAGCGCGGCGCCCGGCUGAGUAGUUUCUCAGGUGGCUGUGAGGUGAGGUGAGGCCAAGAAGAGAACGUGGUUCGGAGGGGAUGCCGGGAGAGGCGGCGGGGACAGUCGUCGGGGUGCCCUGGCCAGCUGGGCAGACAGCUUCCUCGUAGCCCCGAGUGAGAGAGCGGCAGAGAGAGCAGCAGUGACCCUUGGAUUUCUUUCAGGAUGUCCAUGAGGAGCCCCGGCUCUGCCCAGCUGGCCCUGGAUGGCGGUGGCACCAUGGUGAACUGUGCCGUCAAGUCCGAGGGGAAGCAGGAGCCCUGCCGCGAGGCCCCCCCGGGCUCGGCUGCCACAGCUGACCCCCAGCCCGGAGACCCAGCCCGAGCCGCCCAGGAUGGUGAUGACCCCCGAGCUCUAGCCCAGGAUUGCAGCUCACCAGAGAGCAAUGUGUCCCCUGAGCCCAAGAGACCAGGCGACUCUGAGGCUGCUUCUGGGAGCCAGGAGAAGCUGGACUUCAACCGAAAUCUAAAGGAGGUUGUGCCGGCCAUCGAGAAGCUGCUGUCCAGUGACUGGAAGGAGAGGUUUCUGGGAAGAAGCUCCGUGGAAACAAAAGAUGUCAAAGGGACCCAGGAGAGCCUGGCCGAGAAGGAGCUCCAGCUUCUGGUCAUGAUCCAUCAGCUGUCCACCCUGCGGGACCAGCUCCUCACCGCCCACUCGGAGCAGAAGAACAUGGCUGCCAUGCUGUUCGAGAAACAGCAGCAGCAGAUGGAGCUGGCCCGGCAGCAGCAGGAGCAGAUCGCGAAGCAGCAGCAACAGCUAAUUCAGCAGCAGCACAAAAUCAAUGUCCUUCAGCAGCAGAUCCAGCAGGUCAAUAUGCCUUAUGUCAUGAUCCCAGCCUUCCCCCCAAGCCACCAGCCUCUCCCUGUCACCCCUGACUCCCAGCUAGCUUUGCCCAUCCAGCCAAUCCCUUGCAAACCAGUGGAGUAUCCGCUCCAGCUGCUGCACAGCCCCCAGGCCCCGGCUGUGAAGAGGCCUGGGGCCAUGGCCGCCCACCACCCACUGCAGGAACCCUCCCAGCCCCUGAACCUCACAGCCAAGCCCAAGGUCCUCGAGCUGCCCAACACCUCUAGCUCCCCCAGCUUGAAGAUGAGCAACUGUGGACCCCGCCCUCCCAGCCAUGGGGCUCCCACACGGGACCUGCAGUCCAGCCCCCCCAGCCUGCCUUUGGGCUUCCUCGGUGAAGGGGACGCUGUCACCAAGGCCAUCCAGGAUGCUCGGCAGCUGCUGCACAGCCACAGCGGGGCCUUGGACAGCUCCCCCAACACGCCCUUCCGGAAGGACCUCAUCAGCCUGGACAUGUCCCCAGUCAAGGAGCGACUGGAGGAGACCUGUGUGCACCCCCUGGAGGAAGUCAUGCUGGGCUGUGAUGUGGACGGCUCCCGCCACUUCCCCGAGUCCCGGAACAGCAGCCACAUCAAGAGGCCCAUGAACGCCUUCAUGGUGUGGGCCAAGGACGAGCGCAGGAAGAUCCUGCAGGCCUUCCCGGACAUGCACAACUCCAGCAUCAGCAAGAUCCUCGGCUCCCGCUGGAAGUCCAUGACCAACCAGGAGAAGCAGCCCUACUACGAGGAGCAGGCCCGGCUGAGCCGGCAGCACCUGGAGAAGUACCCCGACUACAAGUACAAGCCGCGGCCCAAGCGCACCUGCAUCGUGGAGGGCAAACGGCUGCGGGUGGGCGAGUACAAGGCCCUGAUGAGGACCCGGCGCCAGGAUGCCCGCCAGAGCUACCUGACCCCCUCGCAGGCAGACCAGGUGCAGAUGAGCGCCCCGGAAGUGCUGUUCCCUCGGGUGGCACAGCCCCCGGCGGAGCACUGUGUGCCCCGAGGCCUGGACCCCAGCAUGCCCGUCAUCGUGAACACCUGCAGCCUCAGGGAGGAGGCCGAGGCCGCGGAGGACAGGCACUCGGUGGCCGACGGCGAGAUGUACCGGUACAGCGAGGACGAGGACUCGGAGGGCCAGGAGAAGAGUGACGGGGAGCUGGUGGUGCUCACAGACUGAGCUGGGGAGACCUGGCCUCGGGCAGGGGCACAGCCAGCUCACCUGGACUCUGUUGGUACUUGGACUUGGGUGGCUGGACUUGGGUGUCCUGGUAGACACAGGCCCCCUCCCCACCACGCCUGCUGGCAUGGCCACAUGGCAGGGCCCGCAUGGUGGUGAUGGCUGAGCUCCUGGGUCUUCGGGGCUCAUGGCCAGGGGACACUGUAUGAUCCUCCCCUCCGGCAGGUCUACCCCCCUGGGGGCAUGGCAGCUUCAGACCCACCUCCCUGGAGCCACUCGCUUUGUUUCCAUUCUUGUCCUGGCUGGCCAGCCACCAUGGGACCAACGCCCCCCCCCCCCCCCCCCCCCCCCCC